AUUGGGGUCAUGAAACUGGGUUUAUAUCACCUUAUGCCUUACAUUGCACUGCCCUGUACUCACCUUUAUCGAGAGAUUAUGAAUUUGAGAGAAAGUGGUUAGCACAACCUCCAUCUAACGAAACAAUUAUGUGCACAGCCUUGUAUAUAGGUUUACGCUUUUGUGUUGCAACCAUUAAACUAAAUAGCGAUCAGUUUUUACUUUACCACACAACUGACUCUGUGCCACAUAUAAGCGUAGCAAAAACCGAUGAUGUAGAGUGGAAAGAUACUGGUGUCUGGCUUAAGUCUGUGUUGCAGGUGACUGACUGGCAAAGUGAAGACGGGUUCAAAUUCUCCCCCAGUGCUCGCGCUGUUUGCGCUCCUUUCUUUUGGGUCGCGCCUGUCCAACGGGGAAUCCAUGGGGCAGAGAACCAAGAUGCGCCCCCUGAGGAGGCACUGGGAGGCACGUUUUCACCCUUGCUGAUUGGCCUCCCCGAUUCUCUAUGGGCAAAAGAUAAGUAUGAUAUUGGCCUUAUGAAAGGGGCAGAGCCCCUAACAGUCACACCAAAAAGCACACACCGGCCUAGCCGUGCCCAGUAUCCUCUCAGCAAGGAAGCACAGGAAGGCAUUGCUCCUGUGCAUGCGUCUUUGGUCUCCAAAGGAGCUAUCGUGCCCUGCCCAGACUCGCCUUGCAACACCCCGAUUCUCCCGGUCCGCAAAGCCUCGGGAGAAUGGCGAUUUGUCCAAUACCUCAGGGUAAAAGCCGCCCUACCCGAGCCGAAGGAGGGGGCGCUUCACAUGCUCCUGCCGGGGGACUGGGUGAUCAUCAAAGACCUCCGCUGGAAGCAUUGGCAUCAACAACGCUGGACAGGUCCGUUCCAGGUGCUCCUGACAACGCAGACAGCGGUGAAAGUCGCUGAACGAUCAACGUGGGUCCACGCCAGCCAUUGCAGAAAAGUGCCCUAUAGCCCGAAGGGAGAUGUAUAUGUAUCGCCCCCUGGAACAACGUAG